AGCUCAAUACAAGAUCAUGGAUAUGUUGUUUCGAUUUUGACUUGUUUCCAAUUUAUGCUAUCCGUGUUUUGGAUAUCGAACGGGUAGUUGAUGUUCCCUGCGAUGUUAGUUUAAGAGAAAUG